GUUCUCUUCUUCGUCCUUGAUAGGGUUUAGUUCUCUAAAACGUAAGAUUUCUUCUAAAGGUAUCGAUGGCUAUUGAUGGGAGUUUCAACCUUAAACUUGCCUUGGAGACGUUUUCUGAACGUUGUCCCAAGGUCGCAGCUUUUCCAUUUUUCAGUUCGAUUCUCGGCAAGGGAGGAGAAGUUGUGGAUAACGAAGAGGUGAUUCAUGCUUUAGGGGAUGUGUUUCUUCACCCGGAGUAUACUAUUCCGUUGGUUCAUUGCUUCCGUCCUAUUAUAAGAAGUGUUGUAGAUAGAGUGGUGGGUCUUCUCAAUCUAGUGGAUGAUCUUAAGUCUAGUAUUGACUACUCAGACGAUGUGUCAUCAGUUUUGGAUAAUGCUAUGAAGGAAGGUAUUAGUGUGAUUGAUUUUUAUGUUCGGCGUGGACAAAGGUUGGAGCUUCAUGAGUGUUCUUGCUUGGCCUUCAGUCGUGCGCUUCAUUUGAAUACGUCUUUGUUAGGGUCUAUUCUAAAUUAUUUUAAAGUGGCUCCACCACCGUACCAGCGAAUUCUUGUGAAAGAAAUAGUUUCUGAGUCGCUCAUGGAGGCUACAGAUGCGUACUUGCUUUGUCUUCGAGUAUCAUAUCGUUUUCUCGUUAUUAGACCUGAGGUUUUCUCUAAGUUGUGGGAUUGGUCUUGUUACUUGGACUCUAUGAAAAGGCUUUCAGAAUGUUCUAGACAAAAAAGGCAUUUCUUGGAUAAGCAUCGUGAUGCUGUGUGGUGUGGUAUUCAAAUUCUUUCUGUUGUUUUGAGAUGCAGUGACAGGUUAGCAGGAUGUUUUGGUUUUGAAGUUGAAGAAGCACUUUCGUGCUUGCUAAGAUGGGAGGAAUUUUGUCAGGAUAUAGAAAUAGAAAAGGCUGGAUCAUACAUUCAAUUGCCUACAUACACAGCGUUGAAGUCUUUGCAACAAUUUAAUACCCUUGUACCUGGAAUUAACAAGCGACAAUCAGAAGGGUUAGAAACAAAUGAGCCACAGAUGAAGAUUCGGAGGCUGGACACAUGGAAUGUCAAAUCUCUCUCUGAACCAUUUGAAAUCCACUCUAGGGUGAAGAAAUCUUUUGAAAUGGUCUCAUUGGCUGUCAGUCAAAAGCGACCUGUUCUUCUAUAUGGUCCCUCGGGCUCUGGAAAGUCUGCCCUCAUUAGGAAGUUGGCUGAUGAAAGUGGUAACCAUGUUGUAUUUAUCCACAUGGAUGAUCAACUUGAUGGGAAAACGUUGGUUGGCACUUAUGUGUGUACUGAUCAACCUGGCGAAUUCAGAUGGCAGCCUGGCUCACUUACCCAGGCGAUUAUGAAUGGUUUCUGGGUGGUUCUUGAGGACAUAGACAAAGCUCCAUCAGAUGUUCCCCUCGUCUUGUCACCUUUGCUGGGAGGGUCUUGCUCAUUCGUGACCAGUCAAGGAGAGGAGAUACGGAUAGCGGAGACUUUCCAACUGUUUUCAACUAUAUCGACACCCGAAUGCAGUGUGUCACACAUCAGGGACGCUGGAAAUUCGUUGAGUCCUCUAUGGAGGAGAAUUGUUGUAUAUCCACCAGAUCGUGAAAGCUUGCUAAGUAUCCUGACUGCUCGGUAUCAAAACCUGGGUCCUGUUGCAGAGAAGCUUAUUGAAACAUUUGAAACCAUCAACUCUGCUCUUCGUCCCCAAUUUUCUGGUUCAACAACUGAAAACUCAGCUACUUUCAGUUCUCCAAGUAGAUUUUCACUGAGAGAUCUGCUCAAGUGGUGUGAACGGGUUCAUGGCCUGUCCUCCUAUGAUGGUCAUGCAAUUUAUCAGGAGGCAGCAGAUAUAUUCUCUGCGUCUAAUAUGUCAACUAAAAACCGAGUGACAGUAAGUAACAUUGUGGCUAGCAUUUGGAAUGUCGCCGUUCCAGAAUCUCAGCAUAAGCCCCCAAUUCAGGAAUUUUCUGGGAUUCUAAAAAUUGGUAGAGUUUCUCUUCCACUUGGUGAAACUGCGUCACAUGAUCGAUCUAGGUUUGUUGAAACACGCACAUCUACACAAUUACUUGAGAAAAUAGCUCGCUCUGUCGAGUACAAUGAGCCAGUUCUCUUAGUAGGAGAAACAGGGACUGGGAAAACAACACUUGUUCAAAAUCUUGCACACUGGAUCGGACAGAAACUCACUGUUUUGAAUUUGAGCCAGCAAAGUGAUAUAGUUGAUCUAUUGGGAGGUUUUAAGCCUAUUGAUGCAAAGCUUAUGUGCACAAUGCUGUACAAUGAAUUCAAUGAAUUGGCAAAGAUGAAGGGUGAUUCAAAGACUAUGAAAUGGCUGCAAAGACAUUUUAGAGCCAAGAAUUGGGAUACAAUUUUGACUGGGUUAGUGAAAACUACAAAAAGCAUUGAAGGUAAAAUUAUUAAACGCAUUGAAGGUAAAAUUGGGGAAGCAACGUCUAGAUCUGGUAGAAAGAGGAAGAAUCCAGAAGAGCUCAAAAACUGGGCGCGUCUGUUGAAGAAAGUGGAGAAGAUACAACAACAGAUUCGUUCAGGUGGAAUGGUUUUUACCUUUGUUGAAGGUGCGUUUGUGACUGCCCUCAGGGAGGGGCAUUGGGUUUUACUAGAUGAAGUAAACUUAGCCCCACCAGAGAUAUUGGGCAGGCUGAUUGGUGUUCUUGAAGGAGUGAGAGGAUCACUUUGUUUAGCUGAGAGAGGGGAUGUAAUGAGCAUUCCCAGACAUUUGAAUUUCCGUCUGUUUGCUUGUAUGAAUCCAGCCACAGAUGCUGGUAAGCGAGACUUGCCAUUCUCCUUCCGAAGCAGAUUUACAGAGUAUGCUGUUGAUGAUGACUUAUGUGAUGAUGACCUGGAGAUAUUCGUGAGGCGAUUUUUAGGUGGACGUGGAUCUGACAGUAAGUUAGUAGGCAACAUUGUUUGCUUUUACAAAGAAGCUAAAAGGUUAUCUGAAGAAAGCUUGCAGGAUGGUGCUAAUCAGAAGCCACAGUAUAGCUUAAGGUCUCUUUACCGUGCGCUAGAAUAUGCGAUAAAAGCAGAAGCUAUUGGUGGAUUUCAGAAAGCAUUAUACGAUGGAUUUUCCAUGUUUUUCCUCUCCUUAUUGGAUGCUUCCAGUGCUAAGAUCAUGGAACCAAUAAUAAAACGUAUCUCCGGGGAAAAUAUCCGAAACCAACCACUUCAAAGAUACUUGGGAGAAUUAAAAGGCAGUUCUGAUAAAUUUGUUGGCAGUUAUGUUAAGACGAAGAGUGUAACUGAACAUCUUAAUCAUUUGGCGCAUGCCAUUUUUAUUAAAAGAUAUCCUGUUCUCUUACAAGGACCAACAUCCAGUGGAAAAACAAGCCUUGUCAAAUAUCUUGCAGCAAUAAGUGGAAACAAAUUUGUUCGAAUAAAUAAUCAUGAGCAGACUGAUAUCCAAGAAUAUUUAGGUUCCUAUAUGACUGAUUCUUCAGGGAAGCUUGUAUUUCACGAAGGAGCGUUGGUGAAGGCUGUCAGGGGUGGGCACUGGAUUGUCUUAGAUGAACUUAAUUUGGCUCCAUCUGAUGUCUUAGAGGCACUAAACAGACUGCUUGAUGACAAUAGGGAGCUUUUUGUGCCUGAGCUGUGUGAAACAAUCUCAGCGCAUCCUAAUUUUAUGCUCUUCGCUACACAGAACCCUCCUACUUUAUAUGGUGGACGCAAAAUACUGUCUCGAGCUUUUCGCAAUCGGUUUGUGGAGAUUCAUGUUGAUGAAAUUCCAGAAGAUGAACUGAGUGAAAUUCUUACUACGAAGUGUAGUAUUGCUAACAGUCAUGCUUCAAAAAUGGUUGAAGUGAUGAAAGACCUGCAACGCAAUAGGCAGAGUAGCAAAGCUUUUGCUGGAAAACAUGGUUAUAUAACUCCAAGAGAUUUAUUCCGGUGGGCAUAUCGUUUCAGGACUUAUGACGGUACAUCUAAGGAAGAACUAGCCAGAGAAGGGUAUUACAUCCUUGCAGAAAGGCUGCGUGAUGACACUGAGAAGGUAGUUGUUCAAGAGGUGCUGGAGAGACAUUUCCGUGUCAGUCUUGCCAAAGAUGAUUUGUACAAAAUGGAGCUUCCAAGUCUGGAUUCCAUACAAAACAGAAAAUUCACCUGGACUCAAAGUAUGAGGAGACUAUUUUUUCUCAUCGACCGUUCUUAUAAACUACGUGAGCCUGUUCUUCUUGUUGGUGACACUGGAGGAGGCAAAACCACAAUCUGCCAAAUACUAAGCGAAGUUAAGAAGAAAAGAUUGCACAUCCUUAACUGUCAUCAAUACACCGAAACAUCUGAUUUCCUUGGUGGAUUCUUUCCUGUGAGAGACAGAUCAAAAUUAGUCACGGAAUACGAGAAUCAAGUCAAACAGUUGGAGCUCUGCCAGGCAUUGGCGCCUUUUGGCCAAGAUAUUGUUAUUUGUGCAGAUAUCAGUAGAGCUGAAGAGUUGAUCAAAUCAAUAGAGGUAGCUCUGGAGAAGUACAAAAAUGAUUCAGUUAUAGGAGCGGCCAUCACACCACAGGAUGUUGAUGUUCUUGAUAAAAUAAGGAACAAUAUGGUGAUGCUGUAUCAAAAGUGGCGUGCAAUUUUUGUUUGGCAAGAUGGGCCCCUUGUGGAAGCAAUGAGAGCUGGAAAUAUCGUUCUUGUGGAUGAGAUAUCUUUGGCUGAUGACAGUGUAUUAGAAAGAAUGAAUAGUGUGUUGGAGACAGACAGGAAAUUGUCCUUAGCUGAGAAAGGUGGUCCCGUCUUGGAGGAAGUUGUAGCUCAUGAAGACUUUUUUGUUCUAGCCACCAUGAACCCGGGUGGUGAUUAUGGAAAGAAGGAAUUGUCACCUGCGCUUCGUAAUCGUUUUACUGAGAUAUGGGUCCCUCCUAUUACAAAUACUGAGGAGCUCAGAAGUAUUGCCUUUUCUGGCCUUUCCAGUUCGAAGGAAUCUAAUAUUGUAGAUCCCAUUAUCAACUUCUGGGAGUGGUUCAACAGGUUGCAGACUGGGAGAACGCUUACUGUCAGAGAUCUCCUCUCCUGGGUUGCGUUUGUCAACAUGAUAAAUGAGAGUUUAGGACCAGCAUAUGCUAUUCUUCAUGGAUCAUUUCUCGUGUUACUUGACGGUCUAAGUCUUGGAACUGGUUUCUCUGGGAGGGAUGGUCAAGAUCUGAGAGAAAAAUGCUUCGCUUUCCUAUUACAACAACUUAAGCUUUUUGCUAGCGAUACACUCCCUUUGGAGCUUUCAAGAAUGGAGCUAUAUGGCUGGGGUGAUAACAAAACAAUUUGUGAAGAAAGUAAGAGUGUUCGACAUGAGGGCAUGUUUGGCAUCGAUCCCUUUUUUAUAAGCAAAGGUGAUGAAAAUCCUGAGAUUGGUGGAUUCGAGUUUUUAGCACCAACCACCCACAGGAAUGUCUUGAGAGUAUUGCGUGCAAUGCAGCUUUCAAAACCAAUUUUACUAGAAGGUAGCCCUGGUGUUGGAAAAACAAGUCUGAUAUUGGCGUUGGGAAAAUAUUCUGGCCACAAGGUUGUGCGCAUAAAUCUAUCGGAGCAGACUGACAUGAUGGAUUUGCUGGGAUCAGAUUUACCUGUCGAAAGCGAUGAGGACAUGAAGUUUGCGUGGUCUGAUGGAAUUCUCUUGCAGGCUCUAAAAGAAGGCUCGUGGGUUUUGUUAGAUGAACUGAACCUUGCCCCACAAUCUGUUCUAGAGGGUUUGAAUGCAAUUUUGGAUCAUCGUGCUCAAGUCUUCAUCCCAGAACUGGGCUGUACCUUUGAAUGCCCACCAACAUUUAGAGUUUUUGCAUGUCAGAAUCCUUCUGCUCAAGGUGGUGGCAGGAAAGGUCUUCCCAAGUCUUUCCUUAACCGAUUCACGAAAGUUUAUGUGGACGAGUUAGUGGAAGAUGAUUACCUCUUCAUCUGUCGCUCGCUUUACCCAUCUGUUCCUAGUUCAUUGCUUUCAAAGCUUAUUGCUCUCAACAGACAGUUGCAUGAUGGUACUAUGUUAUAUCGAAAGUUUGGUCAAGAUGGCUCACCAUGGGAAUUCAAUUUACGGGAUGUGAUCAGAUCAUGCCAGUUUAUGCAAGAGGCAAUACAUGACUUAGAAGCUGAAAGCUUUCUAAAUAUUCUGUACAUUCAAAGAAUGCGUACUGCAACUGACCGUAAAGAAGUUCUGAGUAUCUAUAAGGCUAUUUUUGAUAAAAACCCCUCUAUAAAUCCGUAUCCUCGGGUUCAGCUAAAUCCUGGGUACUUAGUUGUUGGAACUGCUGCCAUUAAACGAAAUUUGACUCAGUCUCAUAUUGUGAGUGAGCAGUUGAAGAUUUUGCCUGAAAUCCGUCAAAAUCUGGAAGCUGUUGCACAUUGUGUGCAGAAUAAAUGGUUGUGCAUCCUAGUCGGACCAUCGUCAUCGGGAAAGACUUCGGUGAUCAGAAUAUUGGCUCAGUUAACAGGAUAUCCUCUUAAUGAAUUAAAUCUUUCGUCUGCAACUGACAGCUCUGAUCUACUCGGAUGCUUUGAGCAGUACAAUGCCUUCCGUAAUUUCAGAUUGGUGAUUACUCGAGUUGAGCACCUUGUCGAUGAGUAUAACAGUCUGCUAUCACAGUCUUCCCAGGAGGCCCUUUUGAGCAAUAGGAGUGGCUUAGUUUCCAGUUGGCUUUCCGAUUUUAAUAAGAUUGAAUCCUCUCUCUUGGAGAACCCUUUAUUCUUCUUGAAGGACUCUGUAACACUCUCUAAAUUAAAAAAGGUUGUAAAAAUUCUGAAACAGGUCUUGGAAGAAGGUGUUUUACCCGUUAGUUGGUCAAAAAAGUAUCUGGAACAAAUCCUGAAGACUAUAUUGCAGCUGCAAACUCAUGAGAAAAAGCAGUCUACAAAGUUUGAAUGGGUGACAGGGAUGCUGAUAAAGGCAAUAGAAGAGGGAGAGUGGGUUGUCCUCAAAAAUGCUAAUCUCUGUAAUCCCACGGUACUUGAUAGAAUUAACUCGUUGGUGGAACCUUGUGGAUCAAUCACUAUAAAUGAAUGCGGGAUUGUUAAUGGUGAACCUGUCACUGUUGUUCCGCACCCAAACUUUCGUUUGUUCCUGUCUGUAAAUCCAAAAUUUGGGGAAGUAUCAAGAGCAAUGAGGAAUAGAGGCGUUGAGGUAUUUAUGAUGGGGCCACAUUGGCAGCUCAAUGAGGAAGGCUCAAACUGUGAAGAGCUUGUGCUGAGAGGUGUGGAAAGGUUUCUUGCUCUGUCAGGUAUUCCAGGUUAUAAGCUGGUUACUUCCAUGGCCAAAGCACAUGUUCAUGCAUGGCUAAAUGGUCAAAGCUUUGGUGUACGGAUCACGUAUCUUGAGCUUGAACAGUGGGUUCACCUCUUCCAACUGCUGCUCAUGAAUGGUAAUCAACUUCUGUGGAGCUUACAGCUAAGUUGGGAGCACAUCUAUCUCUCUUCGCUUGGGGUAAGUGAUGGAAAAGAAGUUGUUGAUUUUGUGCGUGAUACAUAUUUGUCAGAUGUUGAACUUUCUGGGCUUGAUUCAUUUAUGGGUGGGGGUCUGUGCCUGCCUGGAGGAUGGCCAAAGCCUUUCAACUUGAUAGACUUGACAUGGUACUCAAGAGAAACAACAGUAAGACAGAAUUGCAUGUAUCUGGAGUUCCUAGGAGCUCAGUAUGCAUCACAUCUGUCUAAAAUAAGCUACAAUGUCAAAUUGAGAGAUAGGGAGUCUGCUGGGGGACCAAGAAUUAUUUACACGAUUGAUUCUUCGAUGUUAAAAAAAGUCUUGUUUCCGAAAGCCUUAAUUGGGUCAAGCUGUGCACCAAAUGCAGCAAAUUUUGAGAAUGAUUUGGCUACAAAAAUGCUAUUGUUUGCUGCCAACUGGACAAUAGAACAGGCAACGGAAGAGGAUAUUCAACUCUAUCUUGCGUGGUUUAGUUGGUUUGGUUCUAGACUGCAACAAUACUGUCCGUUUUUGCUGUGUUUUCUCAAUAUGUUGAAGGAUGAGUUUGAGCAUCCAAUUUGGAAUCAUAUAUUUAGAUGUCGGAAAAAUCUGAAAUCCCUCUGCAGAUUGGAUCCAGAUGCUGUUCCAAUUCCUAUAUUGUCCUCCAAAUUGAUUGAUGUAGCUGCAUCAAAUGACCAGUCAAAACCUUACAGUAAAUCUCUCUUUGAGUCUCUCAACUCUAUUGGUGUUCUUCGGCUUUCGUAUCGGCAGUGGCUUGAAGAGAGCAACGACAACCACACCGAUGUAUCCUCUUUUACUCGGUUUUUGGAUUCGCUUCGCGCAUUGGAGAAAAAAGUUCUUUGCGAAAUUGUUGGAGCACCAUCUUUCAGUGUGUUGAUUCAGUUGUACACCGAAGUUAUUGAAAAACAUUCAUUGUUUUGGUCUGGUUUGGUCUCUUCUUCAGAUGAGUAUCUAUUGUUUUCCUUUUGGUCACUGAUAAAAGCUAUCAAAAAGAUGCACAGUUUUUUUCCUGGAGAAGUUCAGGUGGUUCUGGAGGAAAGCAAAAAUAUUAACAAUAUAGUUUUGCAUGGUCACCCUGAAAAGUCUAUGCUAUGGGCUUAUGGAGGCCAUCCUUCCUUGCCGGUAUCUGCAGAGCUGUUCCAUAAGCAGCAGGAGUUUCUACAGCUCUGCAGCACAGUUUGGCCAUUGAAAUCAGAAUCAGAUGAACAAGGAAAUGAUCAUCUUACCAAAGCCAUCGCAUUUUCUGGCCCUGAAUUAUGUUUGCUUGCCUUGGAAGGUCUUUGCAUUUCAUCAUACAUUGCUGACGAAGAUGAUGUAGAUUAUGUAGCUGCUGUUCAGCUCGAUGAGAUCUACCAGACGUUUUUGGAGAGGCUGAAACUAGAGAAGAAGAGACUGGAGGAUAAAAUGGGUUUCAGUGAGAAUGAUAAUACUGAAAAUAAAACUGCUUCCUGCUGCGUUUUCUGUCCAGAGAUUGUGACUACAGGGUCUGGAUUUAGCAGUUGGGUGAAGAUAUGUUUUCUUGCUAGCAGUGAAAGUUGUUCUCUAGAUGUAGAGUUACUUGCUGCCCUUCAGCACCUCUUGGUGGCACGACCUACCGAACAUCAGGAUCUUGUGGACAUUCGAAAACUGCUCAAACCGGCUCUAGAAUAUUCUUUAUCCUCAACAAGGCCUCCACAGACUCUUGUAGCUCAUCAAAAACUCCUGUGGGCAAUUGAUGCACAUGCCUCUGAACUAGGAGUGGACACCAAAAUUGCUGGUUUUGUUCUCGAGAUGUGGUACUGGUGGCAUUCUGUUUUGUGGAAAAAUAGUCAAAUUGGUCUCAUGGGCCUACAGAAUAUCUCAGACACUGGAAACUGUCAGAUUCUGUCACCUUCUAUGCUGAUUCAGCCUGUGAAAACAGCUACCGUUGCUCAGAUUCUGCAAAAUGUAUUUUCUGUUAAGGAUUAUCCUGUUCAAUCAAUGAAACUUCUUUCUGCUUCACGAUAUCUAUGGAAAAGCUCACAACCUUAUCAAGAAAUGCCUGGAUCUCUAAUGUCAAUAGCACGUUCCCUUUUCCAACAGAUGAUAUAUACGCACCAAAAGUCAUUUGAGUCAGAAACGUUUGUGGCAAUUAAGUCUGCAUUUCAUGCAAUUGAGAAAAAACAGAACAAGAUGGAUGGCAUACAGUAUCUUAUCUCACUGAUUGGCUCAUCAAACCAUCAUAAAUUGAAAUCCGUUACUCACUCAUUUGUUGGACCAUUAGCAAAACAUCUUUAUUCUGAGUGCUCAUCAAAUGAAUUCUACUCCAAUCUUGGCUUGGCGUGGCUUUAUCUUGGAGGACUACGCUUCCAUCUUUUGAAUAGCUUAGAUGUUAUAGAUCCAGCCAUGAAGACCACUUGCAAGCUGUUAGAGCUAGAAGAGAAAAUCUCAUCACUUGAGCUAAACAUCAAGGUCCGGGGAGAAUGUGGGUAUCUGUCUGGAUUGCUUUACUCUGGAAACAGUGACGAAAGAAGUGAACAUACAUUAGAUAAGCUUAAAACUGAGCAAAAAGAUUGCAAAGAAAGGUUAUUUUUAGAUCUGAUCCAAAAAAUGCUUGAUUGGAAUCAGGUUGUUGAGCAGGUUUUCAACUGGCAGGAGACAGCAAUAUCUUUUAUUGAUCGGAUGUCAAGUGACUAUUCUGAAUAUGUCGAUAUAACUCAGCCAAUUCAAGUUUCAGUGUACGAGAUGAAAUUGGGUUUAUCACUCUUUGUAUCUGGUGCUCUCUUGGGAAAACUUCUCAACAGAUUUGACAUAGACACGGUUGACUCAGUCAUGGAAACAAUUUAUGCCUUAAUGAGAUUUCCAAGGGACUCGUCGAUAGCUUCAACUACCUACAUCGAAUGUUUGCCACCUCUGCACCUUUCUCAUGGUGCAGAUUCUCGUGCUAAGUCCUUAGGUUUGGAUGUUGGCUUGCUGCACAAACUUAUCUCUGUUUCAAGUUCAGAAGAUUCGAGAAAAGCCUCUGAGUUGCAGCUCAAAAUUGCUCUUUAUAAAAAUCUGCAUGCUCGUGUUUUACAAUUUGUCGCAAAUACUGGGCUACUGGAUGAAGCUUCUUUUGAGUUAUUGGACAAAAUAUAUGUUGAAUUGGCGAGAAUUUGGAUGGAGAUGAAGUUUCAAGCAAAAACAAAGGCUGACAAUCUUCCUGGGCUGUACAAAUUUCGUUCCCGGGACUUCAAAAUUGAGAGUGUCAUGGAAGUAGAUAUAUCUGCCCUUGGCAAGUAUUUCCCAAACGAAAGUUUCUCUGAGUGGCAAGAGUAUCUGGCUGAUGAUGAUAUGAAGGAUAUGACACAUAUUGACCAGGAUGAGGAAAAUUUGGAGGAUGAUUGGGACUUGAUACAGGAGCAUUUGGAUAGUAUAUAUAGCACACAUAAUGAGUUAUUUGGUUUCUGUGACCUCUCUGAAAAGUCUGGAAGAUUCUGUAUUACUGACUGUAGAAGACUGGAUUCGUUUACUGAUUCCUAUGAACUUGGAGUCAGUAUGAUCAAAGGGCUAAGGGGUUUAUUUACAUCGAGUCUGGAUGCAAAACUUGUUCCAGAACACCUGCUUCGUCUUUGCUUGGAAAACAAAAAAGCCUUCACCUCAAACAAUCAGUAUGCCAGUAAAUAUAACUUUUACAAGGAUUUGGAUGGUCCUGAGCUGGGGAAAAUGGUCAAGUUUCUCACUGCACUUCUACGAAGAAUUAAUUCUCUAUUGCAAGAACGUGAGGACCAUCCUGGUCUUCAGAAACUUUCUAGUGUUCUUCAGAUGCUCUUGGAUAUUCCCUCCAGUACUCCUCUAGCAAAGGCUCUUUCAGGAUUGCAAUUUCUGCUCUGCAAGGUUCACAAGUUACAGGAAGAGGGAUGUAAAUUGCCCAUCUCUGAUCUCUUGGAGCCGAUUAUUUCCCUAGCAAGCUCUUGGCAGAAGGUGGAAUUUGAGCGCUGGCCUACUUUGCUUGAUGAGGUUCAGGAUCAGUAUGAACUAAACGCUAGGAAGUUGUGGCUUCCUUUGUUUUCAGUUCUGUUUCAGAAGGAUGGUGUUGAAAUUUCAGAAGAUGAAAACGAGUCCAUUUCACAAAGUUUGGUGGAGUUCAUUGAAUCGUCAAAUGUUGGUGAAUUUAGGAGACGUCUUCAGCUUCUCUUUUGUUUCCUUCUUCAAUUAAGUAUGGGUAGCUCGUUGGGGAUAUAUUCAAGUGAUUCACACAAGAGGAAGGUGGAAAUUUGCUACAAUAUUUUCGGAUUCUAUAUACAAUUCCUACCGAUUGUAAUGGAGCAGUUAGAUUUGAAUAGAAAAAAUGUUGAAACUGAGUUAAAGGAGGUUCUAAAACUUUGUCGGUGGGAGAGGCCAGAUAAUUAUUUGUACAAUGAGACCACUAAAAGAACCAGGCAGAAGGUCAAGAAACUGAUACACAAGUUUACGGACAUGAUGCGGCUCCCUGUAAUGCUUGUUAGGCCAGACCUAACGAAGGAACGAACUCAAUUUCUCCCUCUACUAGAUCCAGAUCUUAUGAAUGGAGCAUCCGACAUGAGGAUCGAGGGCCUAGUUAGUGCUUUAGAUGCAGAGCAAUUGAAUGACAGGUCUUCAUGGUAUGCAGUAUGGUGGAAUAAAUUAAAGGAAUCGGUAGGACGCUUUCACCAAGAAAUGCACUUCAAAACAUUGCUGAUGGGUGAAGAGCAUCAGUAUUCGUCCCCUGUCUAUCAGGGUGAUUGGAAAAAUUUGUGGAGUACAGUUGCUAGGAUUGGUGAAACCAUUGCUGGCUGUUCAGAUCUAUGGAGAAACAGUGAUAGAGAUGUUGCAAAGAAGAGGGCCCUGUUUGAACUUCUCAAGUUAUUAGAAAGUAGUGGUUUGCAGAAACACAAGUUUGAAAAUGUAGAGAUGUCAAACCACUUUAAAGGGUUGCUUUAUCAGCCAGCAUAUGAUCCAAAGCAUCUGUUGCUGCUAACACAUACCGAAAGUAGCAUGCAUCCUUCCAAGGCUGUAGAAGAUCAAAACAAGGAAAAUCCACUAGUUGAGUGGAGAGUGGCAAAUGAGUUUUACUUUAAGAGCUUGGCUUCAGUGCAACUCAUGUUAAAUAUUGACCGAAAACACUCAGAUGUAACAGCUGAGCAGGUUAAGCGGGCAAUCUCAUUUCUCAACCAUCUUGUGGAAAUACAACGGCAGCAAAGGAAAUCUGCUUAUGCCUUUACCGAACUUUUAAACCGCUUUCGCCAAUGUGUUUUAUCUCUAGCGAGAUUACUGGGUGACUCAAUUGGUGUGGACAAAAAGGAUGAUUCUGUGUUCAGUUUCCCCCAAAAUCAACAUGCUAUCUUCAAUUGCUUGUGGCUACAGAAGAAACUCUUUGAUAACAUCACUGCAAUGCUUCUUGAGGAGUCGACCUUACUGAGAACAGUUGGAAGUACACACUUGGAUUCCUGUCAAGCUGUGAAAACCUCAUCACGGAGUUUGCUCAGCUUUAUUGAAAAACUAAUUCCCAUCGCUCAAAAUUCCAAGGCUUCGCUGGAUAGGCUUCUACUUGAUUGCAACGGUUUUAUCAUCACACCAAGUAGCUGUCUUAAGCAGUUUGUCACUCAGCAUAUGGUUCAGAUGCUACGCCAGAACUUUGAUCAACUUACGGACCUUGAGAAUCAAAUUUCAAGUUUUUGUGAAGACAAUGAGAAAAGCUAUGCUAGAGACGUUCUUCUCAGUCAAUUUUCCCCUGUGUUUAAAGAGGGGAAAUUGCUGGCUGAAAAUCUGAACUGUUUACUUAACGUGAGAGACCAGUCAACUGGAAUGGAACCCAAGGAACGACUUUUUCUUGAAGAAAAUCUUGCAAGUAUAUUUUCAAAUGUUAAGGAUGUGAUUGGAAAGCUUUGUUCUUAUAAAGAUGGAAGUGUUUCUCAAGAAGAGGAAAUGAAUAUUACUACAUGGGAUGGUCUGUUUAAGAAGGCAGAAAAUGACUUGAACCUUGAUAACCUGUGUAAACUGCUGUCCGAAUCAUUUGGUUCCAUCGAACAACUGUUGAACUCAUCAGGCGUCCUUUCAGCUGGUGUUGGAGACCAGUUGAAGCAACUUCAAGCAUUUUUGGAUCUUUUAUUGAGCUUUGGAGACUGUUACCUCAAAGAGUUUUUGGCGAUAAGCAAAACGGUGUCACUGAUAACCCAUGUCCUUGCAAGUGUUCUUGCCGAUCUAUUUACAAAAGGAUUUGGCAUCUCCAAAAAUGAUGAAGAUGAUGGCUCUAAAGCUGAAAAAUCGGAAACUGCAGAAGGUACUGGUAUGGGAGAUGGUGUGGGGGCAAAAGAUGUAAGUGACCAAAUAGAAGAUGAAGAUCAACUGCAUGGCACUGAUAAGAAGGAAGAGGAAGAGAAAGAGCAAGAUGAUGUGCUGGGUAAAAACAAAGGCAUUGAGAUGAGUGACGAAUUUGAUGGCAAAGAAUAUAGCGUUAGUGAGGAUGAAGAAGAAGACAAGGAAGAUGAAGAAAGUGAGGAUGAGCAGUUGGAUUCGGCAAUAGGAGAUGCGGGAUCUGAUGCCGAAAAAGCUGAUGAAAAGCCAUGGAACAAGGAUGAAGAAGAUGGGGAAGAAAAUAUGAAUGAGAAGAAUGAAUCUGGACCAUCUAUAGUCGACAAGGACACAAGAUCAAGGGAGCUAAGAGCUAAGGAUGAUGGUGUUGACACUGCCGAUGAGCCUGAGGAGUCCAAUACUUCUGACAAACCGGAAGAAGGAAACGAUGAGAAUGUAGAUCAGGAUGAUUUUGGUGAUACAGAAAAUCUAGAAGAAAAAAUCCAGACCAAGGAAGAAGCACUUGCUGGACUAACUCCUGAUGUCGAUAAUGAACAAAUUGAUGAUGACAUGGAGAUUGACAAAACAGAGGAGGUCGAAAAGGAAGAUGCAGAUCAGCAGGAAGAACCUUGUACAGAAGAUCAAAAGCAUCCUGAAGAAGGUGAAAAUGAUCAAGAUGAAACUCAAGAGCCUGCUGAGGAAAAUAUGGAGGCUGAGGCUGAAGAUAGGUGUGGAUCACCCCAAAAAGAAGAACCUGGAAAUGAUCAUGAACAGAAACCAGAAACGGAACCAAUAGAAGGAAAAGAAGUUAUGUCAGAAGACAUGAUGAAACCGAACUUCCGUAAUGAUAAUAUUUCUGGCGUAGAGUCUGGUUCACAAAAUCCCCAUGGAUCUAAUGUGUUGGGUGCAGGAAGUACAGCACCACAAGAAAAUUUGUCUGCUACUGAUGUUACGGAUGAAGUCAGGGAUUCAAUGGAUCUGCCUUCGAGUAGUAAUACUGAGAUGAACCUCAUGAUGACCAACCUGGCCAAUGGUGAGACAUUGACAGACAACAUACCAAAGAUGGAAUUACCACAAAACCAGUCAUCUACUGCUCAACAAACCAAGGUGAAUCCUUAUAGGAACGUUGGUGAUGCAUUGAAGGAGUGGAAAGAAAGAGUUAGAAUCUCCUCAGACCUUGGAGAAAAGCAAGAGGCUGAAAAUGAGAUGGAAGACCCUGAUGCUAGUGAAUAUGGAUAUGCUUCUCAGUUUGAUGCAGGAACUUCCCAAGCUCUAGGACCUGCGUUGCCUGAGCAAGUGAACACAGAUAUGAGAGAAGGGCAAUCUGAAGAAGAAAAACUCGCAGGUAAUCAGGACGAUGUCUCUCCAAUGGAUAUUGAUGACUUGAACCCCGAAAACAAACCUGCUGUCCAAUCCAAACCAUCGAUCAGUAAUAGCAUCGCUGAACAGGUCCAAGAACCAGAUACAGACAGGACCCACCAAGAGAAUUCUCCUAUUCAUAAUUUUGGUGAUGGUAACAGCAGGAUGGACUCUAUGGUCUCUGUCGACAAUACUUUCUUGGGGGAAGAUGUAUGUAAUCUGGACCAGAUGCAAGUGACUGAUAAUGACUCGGAAAGCAAUCAGGAUAAUCAGGAAGAUCCAGAUGCCAAAAGUAAUGCUGUUGUUCUUUGGAGGAGAUGUGAAUUGCUUACUGCAAAACCCUCUCAGGAGCUGGCUGAGCAACUACGGCUUAUCUUAGAACCCACGCUUGCUAGCAAGCUCAGUGGUGACUACAGAACGGGUAAAAGGAUCAACAUGAAGAAGGUUAUUCCGUAUAUAGCAAGUCACUAUCGGAAAGAUAAAAUUUGGUUGAGGAGGACAAAACCAAACAAGCGUGAUUACCAAGUUGUUAUUGCAGUGGAUGAUUCCCGUAGCAUGUCAGAAAGUGGAUGUGGUGAUUUUGCAAUUAGAGCUUUGGCAACUGUAUGCCGAGCUAUGUCACAGCUUGAGAUGGGAAGUUUGGCUGUAGCAAGUUUCGGAAAGCAAGGGAAAAUAAAGAUGUUACAUGAUUUUGGUCAGUCUUUCACCACAGAAUCCGGCAUUAAGAUGAUCUCAAGUUUAACAUUUAAACAAGAAAAUCUCAUUGAAGAUCAACCAGUCGUCAAUCUACUGAGAAACAUGAAUGAAAUGCUAGAGAAUUUGGCCAGCACAAGAAGACAGUCUUACGGGAGCAACCCGCUUCAACAACUUGUACUAAUCAUCGGCGAUGGGAAGUUCCAUGAGCGAGAGAAAUUGAAACGAUCUGUCAGAAGCUUUCUCCAGCAGAAACGUAUGGUGGUAUAUCUGCUUCUCGAUGACUCAGAGCAAUCUGUUCUGGAUUUAGCGGACUAUGUAUAUGAUGGUGAAAGGAGACCCUAUAAGAAAAUGAAUUACUUGGAUUCCUUCCCCUUCCCAUACUACAUUGUGCUAAGAGACAUCGAAGCCUUACCCAGAACACUUGGUGAUGUGUUGAGACAGUGGUUCGAGCUGAUGCAAAACUCGCGAGACUGAACACUUGUUGGAAGAGAAAGGGUCGAGGCCUAUUAGACG